AUGGCUACCAACUCAGCUGUACCUGAAGAUAAUUCUGAUGCGAAUACUAUUAUUAUUUGUGAUGAUGCUCAUUAUCCACCAGUUAUUAAAUAUUUUUUCUCGAAUUUAUGUAUCGAUGUGGAAAAAAAUAGAUGGUCUGCUAAAUGUAAUAACUGCUCUGCAAAUGUCAACGAUACAUAUAAAACGACUUCAAAUUUUAUAAAGCACUUAAAGAACAAGCAUCAACCUAUGCAUGAAGAAUGGAAGAAAAAUCAAAAUAUACCAGUGAAAAAUAAAACUCAACCACAAAUAAAUAACAUUUUUCCUACUACAGGUGAAAAAUAUUCUAUGAAUAACCAAAAACAAAAACAAAUAACCAACAGCAUUAUUCAAAAUCUUAUUAUCAAUAUGGGUCUUCCAUUGUCUAUUGUCGAUCAUAUAUCGUUCAAAAACUUUUUAAAUGAUGUCGAUGCUAAAUAUAAACCUAUUAAUAGACGUGAUCUUACACGUGUAUUUUUACCUGAAUUACAAAAGAAAUGUUCAUCAAAACUAAAAGAAAUAUGUGCUCAAGCAAAGUAUGUUAGUCUCACACUCGACAUAUGGUGUGAUCGUUGUAUGCGUUCAUAUUUUGGUGUCACGCUUCAUACAAUUAUUAAUGAUAAAUAUAAAACAUUUUUACUUUCAUUUGAACGACUAGAAGGCAAGCAUACAAGUGAUAAGCUUGCAGAAGAAUUCGAUCGGAUAAUACAGCUUUACAAUUUAAAAGAUAAAGUUGUCCGAUUGAUAACUGAUAACGCCAGUAACAACCUGGCUGCAUUUGAUAAUAUUGUUUUACCGGGAUUUGAUGAUUAUUUUGAGAACAUUUCUGAUGAUUCAACUGAAUCAGAUUCUAGUGAUAAAGAAGAUGAUGAUUUUAUGCCUGUACCUGGUGAAGAAAAACAAUUAGAAUUGCAUCAGACUGAUGAUUCUAUUUAUCAAGAUACAUUAAAUUCAACAAGCGAAGAAUAUUUACGUAUACCAUGUUUUGGUCAUUGUCUACAAUUGGUUGUCAAUGAUGGAAUAAAAGCCAGUGCUGUAGCUAUAUCUUCACUUCAAAAAGUAGCAAGUUUGGCGAAACUUGCUCAUACUAGCACUGGUUUUUCAGAACAAUUAGCGAAGUUCAAAUUAACUAUUCCACGGGCUAACCGUACCAGGUGGAACAGCCAGUUUUUAACAGUAAAGAAAGUUACUGAAAUUCCAACAUCAACACUUAACUCAAUAUUAACUGAUUUGAAAAAAACUGAUCUUAUACUUAAUAGUAAAGACAGAAAAAUUUUAGAAGAAUUUGUAUCUUUAUUUGAGUUAUUUGAUGAAGCUACUGUGUUAACUCAAGGUGAAUCCUAUGCUACAAUUUCUCUUGUGGCUCCUACGGUUCUUGGUCUUCUUUUUGAUCUAGAGCGUGAACUUUCUUCGGCUACUUUAAUUCUUGCUUCUUUAUGUAAAGCCUUGAUUGAAUCAAUCAAAGCUCGGUUUAGUGGUCUUCUUCGUCAUUUCGAAAUCGAAGUACCUUUUGAUACUUAUAGUAUGUCUGAACGUUUUUCCGAUUUAAUUUUCCUUAUUGCACCACUUCUAGAUGCUCGUUUUAAAUUGUUAUGGCUUGAUAAUCUUGAUACAGUUGUUAAACUACGUGUUCUUGAAAAAAUUCGUGGUGCUUAUGUGCGUUUUUUUUCUAAAAUAAAUUUGUCUGUGCCACAGAAUAUGGAAGCCGAUGUACCGAACACAGCUGACGUUAGUUUUGAUAUUAUCAUGAAGAACACGGAUUCUCUAACUAAACGAAAAUGUCUUUUUCCUUAUUUAAAUAAAAAUAAAAAAGUUGUUAGUGAAGAUAAAUCAAAAAUUUUGAUUGAGCUGGACGCCUAUUUAUGUGAAGAAAGUCGUGAGCCUAAUUUACUUUUCAAUAAGAAACAUUUGUAUCCGCGUUUAUAUGAAUUAGCUCUAAAAUACUUGUCAGUACCGGCAACAUCGGCUCCCAUAGAAAGAGUAUUUUCUCAAAGUGGAUUCAUUAUGCGUCCACAUCGUGCGUCAUUAACUGCAAACAAUGUUUGUUUACUCACUUUUCUGAAAUGUAAUAAGUUUUUGUUGUGAUUUAAUUGAUUUGAAAAUGAAAAUAAAAUAAAAUAAAAGUAGUAUUUCGAUUUUGUACGCAUAUAAUAUUCUAUUUAGGGCUGAACGCAGCAUAUUCUAGAGCAUUAAGUCUACUUGUUCGAAAAAUUAUUCUAAGGCGUCCUAGUCCUGUUUACACAUUGGUAUUGGUUUGGCACUAGUAUUCGAGUACGACUUUUCUUGUACUCGUACUCGAAAUACUCGUACUCGAGUACGAUUUUGUUGUACUCGUACUCGUACUCGUACUCGAGCGUCAGUACUCGUACUCGUACUCGUACUCGGGGGGUCAUUACUCGUACUUGUACUCGUGCUCGGGGGGUCAGUACUCGUACUCGUACUCGUACUCGAGAAAGUCUGUACUUGCCCAGCUCUGGUUCUCGACUAAUAUUUUGUUCAUCAAGAAAUAAAAUAAAAUCGUUGUACAGUUUUUUAUGGUAAUAAUCGUUGUUGAGCUAUUCAGUUAGGUACGUACAAAGAUCUUCGAUCUUCUCGUAGCAGACGGCUAAAUUCAUUUUAGGAUCCUGUAAUUGUUCAGAAUAAGGCUUGGUAAGCGAGGAAAUCCUUGAUACAAUGACCAAAGCUACAGCAAACUCAAUAUCCAUGAUUGAUUUUUGAUAAGCUCGGCAUAUUGCAGUAGGCUCUGCAUCAGCUGUUUCUUUCAAAUAUUUCAGUGCCAUAGUAAUUGAGGAAAAAAACUGUCGAAAUACUCUAAUGGCUAAAUGUUUCUCCACUCAUCUAGUUUCACAAAGUUUGAGAAGCGUUCGUCACCGAGUUUCAUCACCAUUUGUUGCUUCAACAACACGCUAAAUUCAACAGAUACCUUCUCCGUAAGUCUUAUGAAAAUCAAAAUGGUU